AUGGCUGCGCUGCUCGUGGACGAAGAUUAUGAGAGCAGGCGAAGUCAGAAAAGGCUGAGCGAGACCGUGCAUCAAGGCAAAGAGCUGAAAGAGGCAGACAGAGAGGGAAUGGAAGUGUUGUUCAAAGGCAGAGAGGAGGGGAAAGGGGACAAUGGCCGGGGGGAGGGAAAAGCUACCUUGAAUGGCAAGGACGAUGAGAACGACAACGAUGAGGACGACGACAAGGACAAGAAUGACGAGGAUGAUGAGGAUGAGGACAAUGACGAGGACGAGGAUGAUGACGAGGAUGAUGAUGAGGAUGAUGACGAGGACGAGGACGACGAUGAGGACGAGGACGAGGACGAGGAUGACGAUGAGGACGAGGAGGAGGGGAAGUUCAGUACUCACAUCAAGUCAUCUAGGUCACUGCUGACGCCUUUCCUGGAGCUCGUGUAG